AAUCAGUAUCUCUCAGUGAGCCCGUAGGUGAGGAGGGUUUCUUUGAUGGCUAAAGACCUCCAGUUCCCAGGCAUUAAAUGUGCAUACUGCCUUCAGGGCGUUAAGCCCUGCGCUCGCUAAGCAUGCAGGUCUCAUAGCCUAACUAACCACAGCGCCUGCAUUCCCACAGUCGCGGCAGCCACAGCAGAUGCUUCCUUCCACUGUGCUUCUCUGGCUGCGCUGUUCACUUUAGGACAAACUUCUGCAAUCAUCUCAUGGAUUUAUUUUCUCUCCAUUAUAACGCCUGGACUGUGAAGAUGUCAUCAUGCCAUCAGGGGCAGCAUGAGCCAAGUUCUUGGGGCUGUUAAGGAUCUCUCUGCCUUCCCCCCGCCCCUCUUGGAGAUGUGUAGCAGAAAAAGGCUUUGCCUUUAGAGAAAAUUUUUAUCGCUUUGGCCAAUAAUGUGUAGCAAUAUUAAAUUUGAUGGCAGACCUUGAAGUGUAUAAAAACUUAAGUCCGGAAAAAGUUGAAAGAUGCAUGAGUGUAAUGCAAUCCGGGACACAGAUGAUCAAGCUGAAGCGUGGCUCCAAGGGCCUCGUUCGCCUCUUCUACCUGGAUGAGCACCGGACCCGCCUCCGAUGGCGCCCCUCUCGGAAGAGCGAGAAGGCAAAAAUACUGAUUGAUUCCAUCUACAAAGUCACGGAGGGCAGGCAGUCUGAAAUAUUCCACAGACAGGCUGAGGGGAACUUCGAUCCCAGCUGCUGCUUCACCAUCUACCAUGGCAACCACAUGGAGUCCCUGGACCUCAUUACCUCCAACCCAGAGGAGGCACGCACCUGGAUCACAGGCCUUAAGUAUCUGAUGGCUGGCAUCAGUGAUGAGGACUCCCUUGCCAAGAGGCAGAGGACCCACGACCAGUGGGUGAAGCAGACCUUUGAGGAGGCUGAUAAGAAUGGCGACGGCUUAUUGAACAUCGAAGAGAUUCACCAGUUGAUGCAUAAACUAAAUGUCAAUCUGCCCCGGAGAAAAGUCAGACAAAUGUUUCAGGAAGCUGACACAGAUGAGAAUCAGGGAACCCUGACAUUCGAAGAAUUCUGCGUGUUUUACAAAAUGAUGUCUUUGAGGAGAGACCUUUAUUUGCUGCUCUUGAGCUACAGCGACAAGAAGGAGCACCUGACAGUGGAGGAGCUGGCUCAGUUUCUGAAGGUGGAGCAAAAGAUGAGUAAUGUGACAGUGGACUAUUGUCUUGACAUCAUAAAGAAGUUUGAAGUUUCUGAAGAAAACAAAGUGAAAAAUGUCCUCGGUAUUGAAGGCUUCACCAACUUCAUGCGUAGUCCUGCUUGUGAUGUGUUUAACCCUUUGCACCACGAAGUGUACCAGGACAUGGACCAGCCCCUCUGCAACUACUACAUUGCUUCGUCUCACAACACAUACCUGACGGGGGACCAGCUCCUUUCUCAGUCCAAGGUGGAUAUGUACGCACGGGUACUCCAAGAGGGCUGUCGGUGUGUGGAAGUUGACUGUUGGGAUGGCCCAGAUGGAGAGCCAGUGGUCCACCAUGGUUAUACUCUCACUUCCAAAAUUCUCUUCAGAGAUGUGGUGGAGACCAUCAACAAGCAUGCCUUCGUGAAAAACGAGUUUCCGGUUAUUCUGUCUAUUGAGAACCACUGCAGUAUUCAGCAGCAGAGGAAGAUUGCUCAGUACCUGAAAGGAAUAUUCCAGGACAAGCUGGACCUGUCAUCUGUAGACACAGGAGAGGCCAAGCAGCUUCCAAGCCCUCAGAGUCUGAAAGGCAAAAUCCUAGUGAAGGGCAAGAAGUUGCCGUAUCACCUUGGGGAUGAUGCAGAGGAAGGAGAAGUGUCUGACGAGGACAGCGCAGACGAGAUUGAAGAUGAGUGCAAGUUCAAGCUACAUUAUAGUAAUGGGACCACUGAGCACCAGGUAGAAUCUUUCAUAAGGAAAAAACUGGAAUCAUUGUUGAGGGAGUCUCAAAUUCGAGACAAAGAAGAUCCUGACAGUUUCACAGUGAGGGCUCUGCUCAAGGCCACACAUGAAGGCUUAAACACCCACCUGAAGCAGAACCUGGACGUGAAGGAAAGUGGAAAGAAGUCCCAUGGGCGAUCGCUGAUGAGCAACUUCGGGAAACACAAGCAGAAAACUACAAAGUCACGUUCUAAAUCCUAUAGUACUGACGACGAGGAAGACAUAUUUCAGAAUCCUGGCAAGGAGGGAGGCCAGCUGUACAGGCUGGGCCGCCGAAGGAGGACCAUGAAACUCUGCAGAGAGCUCUCGGACUUGGUGGUGUACACAAACUCCGUGGCAGCCCAGGAUAUUGUGGAUGACGGAACCACAGGGAAUGUGUUGUCCUUCAGUGAAACAAGAGCACAUCAAGUGGUCCAGCAGAAGUCGGAGCAAUUCAUGAUCUACAACCAAAAACAACUCACAAGGAUUUACCCCUCUGCCUACCGCAUCGACUCCAGUAACUUCAACCCUCUGCCCUAUUGGAAUGCAGGCUGCCAGCUAGUGGCUCUGAACUACCAGUCGGAAGGACGGAUGAUGCAGUUAAACCGGGCAAAAUUCAAGGCAAACGGCAACUGUGGCUACAUUCUCAAGCCUCAGCAAAUGUGCAAAGGUACUUUCAACCCUUUCUCUGGUGAUCCACUUCCUGCCAACCCCAAAAAACAGCUUAUCCUGAAAGUGAUCAGCGGGCAACAACUUCCCAAACCUCCCGACUCCAUGUUCGGAGACCGAGGCGAGAUCAUUGACCCCUUCGUCGAAGUGGAAAUUAUCGGGCUGCCCGUAGACUGUUGCAAGGAUCAGACUCGUGUGGUGGAUGACAAUGGAUUUAACCCUGUGUGGGAAGAAACCCUCACAUUUACAGUCCACAUGCCAGAAAUCGCUUUAGUCCGGUUCCUGGUGUGGGAUCAUGAUCCUAUUGGAAGAGACUUUGUGGGCCAAAGGACCGUGACCUUCAGCAGCCUAGUACCUGGCUACCGGCACGUCUACUUGGAAGGACUCACGGAAGCAUCCAUUUUUGUUCACAUAACGAUCAAUGAGAUCUUUGGAAAGUGGAGCCCUUUAAUCCUCAACCCCAGUUAUACCAUAUUGCACUUUCUAGGAGCUACAAAGAAUAGACAGCUUCAAGGUCUGAAGGGACUGUUCAAUAAGAAUCCCAGGCACGGAUCUUCAGAAAGCAACAACUCCCAUUAUAUUCGAAAGCGAUCAAUUGGCGAUAGAAUUCUGCGACGUACAGCCAGUGCUCCAGCCAAAGGCAGGAAGAAAAGCAAAGUGGGCUUUCAAGAAAUGGUUGAGAUCAAAGAUUCUGUUUCUGAGGCCACAAGAGAUCAAGAUGGCGUCCUUAGGAGGACCACACGGAGCCUGCAAGUACGUCCUGUCUCCAUGCCUGUUGACAAGAGUCUUCUGGGGGCUUUGUCGCUGCCUAUAUGCGAAGCAGCGAAAGACACGGAUGGAAAAGAAAACUCUCCAGCAGAGGACCAGGAUGACAGAAGAAAGCGAGAGGCAACUAUAAAAGACCCACAGUUUUCCAAUUUCAACAAAACAUUAUCCUUCUCCUCCAGUGCCCUCCUUCACAAAGACGCCAACCGAGGUGAUUGCCCUAUUUCAACUUCUAGUAUAUCAAUGCCAGAACAGUGUGGAGGAUCAGGUCCAAAGGGUAGGAGAACCAAGCCAGAUGUGACAAAUGAUUGCCAGGAAAACCAGUGCCCCCCCAAAUUCCUCUCUCCGAGGCAGCAUUUGGCACUCGAUCCUGCAAAAAAGGGACCACAAGAUCUCCCUGGGGUGAAAGCCACUGAAAAGCGGCAUACUGGGGGCUUACGGGAAGGGAAAAGCAUGUUGUCAGAGAGUGUUCUUUCUCCAAGUGCCCUGGAGAUGGAGAACAAGGAAGGCAGCAGGGCCACAGCACGACCUGCAGAGUCCUUCUCUGUGUCCGACGUCUCUGUGCUCUGUUCUGAUGUACCAGAUUUGCAUUCAACGCCCAUCCAUCAGGACACUGAGAUUUCCAAUCUCAUUGAUGAUGUGACUUUAACAAAUGAGAAUGAGCCGGGCAGUUCCAUCUCAGCCCUGAUUGGCCAGUUUGAAGAGAGCCAGCAUCGGGCUAACGUUGCUGUGGUUUCUCACCUCCUCGGUACCGAUGUAACCACAGGAGGUGCUCCUUUGCCUAUGACAUGGGGCCUACAAACGCCCUUUAAGCAUGGUUUUUCCCAGGGGAAACCCAAGGCCUCCUCGUACUCAUCUCCUGAGCUGAUCAAGCUCUCUAGUGCUGAGACCGCCAAGCCUACAAAUAACACACUUGUUUGUGAAAUGACUGGCUCGCCGAUCUCAAAGUCCAAACCAGGUACUGACCCUUCUGAUAAAACCAAGACAAGGGUCAUGGAAGGUAACUUGCCUGUGUCUCACGAUGCUUCUCCUGGCCAGUUUCCCAAAAGCCACACUCAUGGAAAGGACCAGAGACGAGUCAUGAAUAGCCCUGAUCUUUCCACUGAGUUGGCCCUGGAAGAUCUAAUUGUAGACCCUGCUCUUGGUGUAAAUUCUGAAGAAAGCAGCCUUGUAGAAAUCGAUGGAGAAUCUGAAAACCUGUCUCGAACGACCUGUGACUACAGGGGAGAGGGUCUAAGUCAAAUCGUUUCUCCACUAAAACUGAGGCACAGCCAAGAGAUGGUGGAACACGUCCCAAGAGGCUUGAGGAAUGUUUACUGCAAAGAGGCACCCCUCCCUUCUGCCCCUGAAAUAUUCAACAAUAUUCAAGGUGUCAAAAAUCAAAGUAUUUCUUGUCUAACCUAUCAGGGUGCUGGCUUUGUGUAUAACCAUUUCUCAAGUUCAGAUGCAAAAACGAACCAAAUCUGUGGGCCCCAGCAGCCUGGGGCUACAGAUAUGCAUGCCUCCACACCGACGCCGUCAGCACAUGCUCCUUUGGUUGCUUUGAAACUGCCAAGUCCUUGCAAAUCCAAAAGUCUGGGGGACUUAACAUCAGAGGACAUUGCCUGCAAUUUUGAAAGCAAAUACCAAUGUAUUAGUAGGAGUUUUGUGACAAACAGCAUUAGGGACAAGAGUGUGGCUAUGAAGACAAAGUCACUAGAGCCUUUAGAUGCCCUAACCGAACAGCUCCGAAAGCUGGUGUCCUUUGACCAAGAAGACAGCUGUCAAGUGCUGUACUCAAAGCAGGAUGUCAGUCAGUAUCCCAGGGCGUUAGUCCGAAAGCUGUCCUCGAGAAGUCAGAGCAGGGUACGUAACAUUGCCAGUCGUGCCAAGGAGAAGCAGGAAGCUGGCAAGCAGAAAGCCACGACCCACAGCGUUAGAGGAGGAGUGGUCCUUCGAAGUAAACCUUCGGCUCCCGCUCUGGCUGUGAACCGACACUCCACGGGCUCAUACAUUGCAAGCUACCUGAGGAACAUGAAAGCUGGUGGCCUGGAGGGCCGAGGCAUCCCAGAGGGAGCAUGCACGGCCCUUCGGUAUGGCUACGUGGACCAGUUUUGUUCAGAUAACUCAGUUCUGCAGACUGAGCCAAGCAGUGAUGAUAAACCAGAAAUUUAUUUUCUUUUGAGACUGUGAGCUAUACAAAGCUGCAUUUUCAUUGUUUACGCGAUAUUCUAGCGGAUGUUAGAGUUUUUCCAUUGUCAGUGACUAUGAUGCUUGCUUUGAGAUGAUUUUCAAAUGUAUUUUGGAACUUGUAUUUUGGUCUCCCUUUGACUUCACAUGUUCUCUCACUUCGUGCGUUUGUAUAUAGAUCUGUGACAUUUCCCAGGAACCUAUGAUCUCUUUCCCCCAAGGUGUUGUAACUUGUGUCAGUAUGAGAUGUGUGCAUGCCCUCGAUGUGAAACUUCUCAGCAGUUUGGGCCACAGUGUGUGCAUGUUGCACAAAAAUGCUCUUUCCUGUGUCUUGGGUCAUAGUCCCAGAGGCUGUCACUUUUACUCACUGAGUGUUGAGCUCAUUAAGAGCAGACUUUUCCAAAGAUAAAGAAAUUGAUUCUUUAUUUGAAAUGACCUUCUCCUUCUGAAUCGAAAGACCCAGAUUCAGUUUUAUAGCUCAGUGUUUAAAGUAGUUACCUUGUCCUUCAUGAUUUCCUCACCCCACCCAAAGUGGGAAUUCCAUGAAAAUGGACAAUGUCUCUCCCGGUCCCCAAAUCCCUUUCAGAAGAGACUGUAAGGAAGAAAGUGAACUUCUGUACAUAAGGAGAAAAUAGUUUGAUUUUGCAUAAAUAUUGUUACAUAUUUUUGCUAAUGGCUUUGUAUGUAACAAGAAUCCAGUUGCCAAGCUCUCUGUCAUACUUUUGAAGUAUGUUUUGAAGUAUCUCUGAUGUGAUAGAUUGAGAAUAAUGACUUUCAGGAUGAGAGACUUUCAGCCAGGCAUGGUGGCUCACAUCUUUAAUCCCAGGACAGGCAGAUGGAUCUCUGAGUUUGAGGCCAACCUUGAUCUACAUGGCAAGGCUCAGAUCAAGCAGAUCUACAUAGUAAGACCUUAGGAAAGAAGAGAGAGAGAGAGACUUACAUUAGACUUAGAACUCAGAGUAGUGCAAACAGAAAACAUCCCCCAAGAUUUCAAGAAAAAAAAAAGGUAUUUUCUCAUAAUCCAAGUGAAUAGAUGAUUAAAAGAAACCUUUUCCCUUUAGGGAACCAAGUAACUAUAUUUUAGUACUGACAUAUAUUAUUUUCAUUGUGAAUCCAUUUUUUAUUGCAUGUUCAGGUAUCAUUUGCUUUUUGUACUAUGAAUUACAAUGAUGUUCUUCCUGGACUUCAUAAAAUAUAAU